UGACGUUCAAUGGGAGGAGAGAUCCCUAAAAUAUAGGGUAAAUGUUUCGAAUUGUAUUAAAUUUGAAGUGAUAAGAACCAGAUAAGCCAAAGAGUUUGAUGCCAAAUGAGACUUAGGUGUAUAUAUUUAGCUACUUCAGAGGUUGGGAGACCUACACCGGAGUUUCUAUAACACUGUCCUUUACUAUGACAAGAGCAGGUGCCAUCAAACUCGGCAUCCUCGUCUUACUCAUCUUCAUCCUGUGUCUGCCAGAGCUUUUCCCACGUAAGUAAAAAAUGUAGUCGCGAUGGAUGUGGUUUAGGGUCCUUGAGAAAGCAUUAUCUAGAAAAACUGAGAAAAUCAUGUGGCUUUGUGUGAGUGCACGUGUUUUACCUAGCAGAGCGUGGUCAGAAUCAAACGUAAGAUGAGAAAACAAAAGAUGUGCGUUUUACCAGCUUUAUGUCUAUGUUGUCUCGCAAAGUUGAAAGUGUUUAAAGUUUACAGCAGGCAAAAGCAGCCAUCUUUAGAUGCUCUGUAUCAGGUGACUGAAGUCGAGAAACUACUUUUUAAUAUAGUGAAUUUGUAUAUAUAGGCAGUGUGUAGUUUUUUGUAGGAUCUAUUCAUAGAAAUGUAAUAUAAUAUACAUAACUAUGUGUUCAGAGGUGUAUAAAGACCUUACAUCAUAAAGCUUUAUGUAUUGAUUUCCUUAGACUAAGCUUUUUCUAUCUACAAACCCCGCAGGUCCUCUUACAUUCGUGAUGUUGUUUCUACAGUAGCCCUAAACGGACAAAAAGCUCUAUGGAGUGUGGUGCGUAAAUAAGUUAAAUUCAGCAAAGAAGCAAAAAUGUGAUGACAUCUUAAUCCUGUCCAGUCACCAUAGUGCUUUGAAAAGGAGGGUUGAGCGGUGGAGUGAGCAGUUGGUUGCAAUAUGCUAGAUGCCGCUAAAUUUCAUACACUGGACCUUCGAAGGACAAGAAGUUGUCAAAUAAAAAGGAGGCACAAUUUAUAAAAAAUCAAAGCAGGGGGGUUAUAGCUUAGAUGAUAAGGACGAUUGUGUGACAAUUAUUAAAAUCCCAUGGUAAAUAUAUCUUUCUUUUUUAGAAGUACCACAGAUACACUUUCUCUGCGAAGCCUUUGAUCCUUGUACACCUGAAGAAGUUUUAAUUGAUGUAAACGUGUUUGGCACAGCUAACCCUCCAUGUACAACAGAAAUGAGAAACUGCGAUCAUGCAUUCCUCCUUUGUGUAUAUUUGAUGUAUAUUUUUUUAUCCUGAAUAACCAAGCAGGAGAACAUGUGAUGGUGGUGCUAACACUAAAGGCAGGCAAUCAUUCUGAAUGGAACAUUACUUUGUUUAUUAACCACACUGACCUGUACACUGGACCUCAAAACCCCCAGAGACUCUUCUACUGCUACCUCCCUCCAAACAGAAGCAAAUGUCCUGAUAUGAACACAAAAGAAAACAAUCCUGCGAGACCUAGCGUCUCCACUUUACAAAACACUACUUCUGCAAAACCAGUCAGCUCUUCAUUCAAAAUAGAAAUGAGUUCAACUCAAAAGCUAAACUGCCAGUUGCCCAGCUGCGGUUACCUCUUUCACUACCCGGAAAACAAUCAGACAGCAGGAUCUGCUGUAUUUCCAAGGACACCAACGAGAAACCAAAGCUGGUGGUCUGUGACCACCGGUGUGCGGAUCAUUCUGGUUCUGGUUCUGGUUACAGUGGCCUCAACAAGUGCUGGGUGCCUAGUCAAGGACAGGCGUGUUUACCAUAGAAAGUCUAAUUUGUUGACGGUUUCAGCAAGGGACUGUCAGCUCAAAGAGCUCAGCGAGCGAAGAGGAAAUUUGACGGGAAGCGCACCUGAUGCCUUUGCCUUUGGUGUGGAUGAAUUGUCGCCUAUCUAUGAGAUAACAGAGAAUUCAUUAGAUGAAGACUGUGAUGAUGGUGAGGAAGAGAAAAUCCGAACACAAAGCAAGCUCACCUGCUUCCCCGUAGUAAUCCGUCUUGCUCCCGUCAUGCAACAGAUGGAGAGCUUUAUCCCUUCAACACCAAGAGAAACUUUACAUAAAGAGAAACCAUAUUUAUAAGUGCAUGAAUUUGCUAAUGCAACUUUCAAGGACAUCAUGUUAAUAUACAAGGUCACAAUCAUUCUAUACUCCUUAUCCACACGACCGAUCUUCAGUUCUGGAGGAAUGAGACAUUUCAGUUUUAUUUUGACUUGACAUGAUGUGUAAGUCACCUUUUAGAGACAGAAAAAAAAACAUUUGCAUAUAACAACAUCUGGCAAAGGACGUGUUAUCAGAUCACAUCGAGUAAAUGGAAUUUCACACGCAGAUAAAAGCUUCAUUUAGUGGCUAAUUUUGGAAUCCAUCUAAAAAACUGUAGUGUGUGUAUAUCUCUAAAAGCUAUUUAGCAAGCAGUAUGGCUUCACUAAUGUGAAUUUCUAAUUAUACAACAUCAUUCUAAUGCUUGCGAGUAAGAUUUAUACUCUCAUAAAGCACUUUUCACCUUGAAAAACAAGUUACCGCCUGACUGCUUACAAGUUAGCCAUGAAAUCAUAGAGAGUCAUACAAUGAUGACUGAUGGUGUCAAACAGGACGAUUUACUAUUUUAUUAACUAAAGAGAUUUAAUGAUACGGAUAAAUUGUUUAGAUUGUUUUCACUACAGGUACGUACUUUAGUUGAAAGAUCCUAAAAACUUUAAACUAUAUUUUCA